GUGAGCAGUAAGUUUUCCAAGGUCUCCGAGCACAGAGAUCAGAAGAACGGGAAGACCAAGGGAGAAACAUACACACGUACUGUUGAGUGCUGUUUUUCCUAGCCAAGGAGAGCAAUAGUUAUGAGAUGAGCAUUAGAGACUCAAGUUUACAAAGGUUUCCAUAAAAGAAGAACAAAAGAGACAUUGUGGAUGGUUUCUUGUCUUUGAAGGCUUGCCACUGACGACUGCGCUGAAAUGGCACGGUUUAAAGCCUCAACCCAGUUUGCAAGGCAAAUAUUUGGACUCACAGUUUUGAAAACUUUUCCCUUCUUUGAAGUAGCUUGUCGUGCAUUACCAAUGUGAACUUUAUUGAACCACAACCCCCCCUUCCCCCCCUCUGGUAUCAAAUAGCAACUAGUGACACUUGAAAUCUCAAGUCAACAACCCUGUCUUGGCAGCUCCGGCUUAGUAGCAAACGCAAGGCGGGGGAUCGAUGGAGGAGACCUUUCUUGUUUGUUAAUGAAGCCUGCCCAAACCUUCCUGAAAUAGCAUUUUCCAGCUCCCUUGUGAAAAGGUCAUGGAUCCUGAACAAACCCAGAAGGGCACAAAGAAGGGCGAGGAAGGUCCAAGGAAAAGGCUGAUCAAACGGGAGGCUUUCCAAGGCACUGUUUCAUCUGCUGCAGCAGCGUAUCCGGGCAGCUCUGUUCCUUUUCAAGGGUCUCCCCUCCAGGAUAUUGCAUUGCAGCAGCAUUUUCCAAGGGAAGAGACCCAGGAGCAAGGCACUCCAACGCACAUCAAGCACUCCUCUUUCGAACCCUCAUCCCACAUUACCCAGCUUCCACCGCACUCCCUGUCACCUGCAUUCAUGCCUCCCAGGAAACAGGAACACAUCCUGGAAGGGUCCACGUGGCAGUUAGUUGACCCAGCAAGAGCCAGCACCUCCAGCUCAUUUCCAUCAGCUGGGCUUCAUUCCAGUCGUGGCCAGCUCUUGCCUUCUCACUCCUCCAUUAUUCCCGGAGAAGAGAUGCCACCCGUUCCAAAGGUUUACGUCCCCCGUGCUUCACAGGUGUCCACAAAGCAAUCGGAAGAAGUCCACAAGAAGGAGAAGAAGCCCCCAAAACCAGGCAAAUAUAUUUGUCAGUACUGUAGCCGGCCUUGCGCCAAACCAAGUGUACUCCAAAAACACAUCCGGUCGCACACGGGGGAACGACCGUAUCCGUGCGUCCCGUGUGGUUUUUCCUUCAAAACCAAGAGCAAUCUGUAUAAACACAGGAAAUCUCAUGCUCACAGGAUCAAAGCUGGGCUGGCCUCAGGAACCGGAUCAGAAUUGUAUCCUUCUGGCUUGGAAAUGGAGAGGAUGGUUGCGGAGGAAUUUGAAGAGCCUACUGAAGGAGAGAGCACAGAUUCCGAGGAGGAGACCCGGACCACAUCAAGCCAGUUGAUAGAACUGACCCCCCGGCAGAAGCAAACAAUGCUGUAUGGGGCAGGAAGCCAGGGAUCUAGCCAAGAGAGCAGCUCCUUUUCCCAUUCCAGCAUGUCUGUGUCAUUUGAAGACAGCAGCCAGUUUGUGGAGCCAGUCUCUGAGCAUGCCCAGAGUCAUAAAUUAGAGGAAACUCAUACCAUCAAGCAGAAGCUUGCUCUCCGACUGAGUGAAAGGAAAAAGGUAAUUGAAGAACAGGCUUUCCUCAGCCCUGGUAGCAAAGGGAGCACUGAAUCGGGCUAUUUUUCCAGGUCUGAAAGUGCAGAACAGCAGGUCAGCCCACCCAAUACCAAUGCAAAAUCUUAUGCAGAAAUUAUUUUUGGCAAAUGCGGGAGGAUUGGUCAACGGACCGCCAUGUUGUCUGCCACCACUGCCCAGGAAUUCCCGCAGGUUUCGACAGAAGAGAAAGUUAGCACGGUCCCCUUGUCUGUGCCUAGAACCCAGGUUAUUGAGCAUAUCACAAAGCUGAUUACCAUUAACGAAGCGGUGGUGGAUACCAGCGAAAUAGACAGUGUGAAGCCAAGGCGCAGUUCGUUGUCCAGACGCAGCAGCAUUGAGUCGCCGAAAUCUGGUGCAUACCGAGAACCGUUUCAGUUAGAAAUCAAAUCGGGUAGUCAGCUUGAUUCGUCCAAGUCUUUGACCUCCCACAUGGAAAAAAUGAAGCCUGAACAAUCACUGCUAUCACUCCAGCAAUCCCACAGUGCCACAGAGACAGUGCCUCUCCUAAGAAGCCACUCGAUGCCUUCUGCUGCAUGCACUAUGAGUUCCACUCAUCCCUUUCGAGGUAGCUAUUCUUUUGAUGACCGCAUCACAGAAUCGGGGGUCUCAAGUCGCAGUCAGGUGUCUUCAUCCCACCCUCGGAUGCUAAAACGGCAGCCUGCCAUUGAGCUACCUUUGGGAGUGGAAUAUAGUACUGAGGAGGGGAGCACAGCCAGCAAAGAAACCAUUUCUAAACCUGUGGAAGAGCAAGAAGCCAAGGAGAGUGAGCAGACCAAAAAGUCUAGAAAGGGCCCGAAAGUGAAAGGGUUCAUGUAUGAAUGUAACAUUUGCGGUGCUCGGUACAAGAAAAGGGAUAAUUAUGAAGCGCACAAAAAAUAUUAUUGUUCAGAACUCCAGAUCUCCAAGCCUCGUUCUUCCAGUUCUCAUACCUCAUCAGAAUCUGAGAAAGUGUUUGCAGAAUCUGAUCCUUGGCCACAGGUCAUGCAUUAUAAGCUAGGAAGCAGUUUAGAGCUUACACCGCUGAGGAAAAGGCGUAAAGAAAAGAGUCUUGGCGAUGAUGAAGACCCUCCUUCUUUUGAGUUGACUGACACUUCUUCAUCCAGCACCAGGCCAGCCAGUCAGUAUAUUAGCCGGAAAUCCACUGAUGUAGCCUUGACCCUAACUUCUGAGUCCAUUAAAUCACCAGCAGAACCCAGUACAUCUAUGCCAUUGUCUGAUGUCAGUGUAAGCUUUCACUCUCGAAGUGGAAAACCUGCUUUUAGCAUGGAAAUCAAGGAGAGGAGAACCACCUCAAAAGAGAUUUCAGUUAUCCAACACACAAGCUCCUUUGAGAAGUCUGACUCAAUAGAACAGCUAAGCGGCUUAGAAGGAGAAGAGAAGCUUCAUUUGCAGUAUUCAUCUCGGCCUGCGGUUCCACAUGGCCGGCCAUCUCAUUCCCUGCAGCCGAAGCUUGUCCGUCAACCCAACAUCCAAGUUCCCGAGAUCCUAGUUACAGAAGAGCCAGACAGACCUGAGACUGAACCUGAGCCUCCACCUAAAGAGCCAGAAAAAACAGAGGAAUUUCAGUGGCCACAGAGAAGCCAGUCUCUCUCCCAACUUCCUGCAGAGAAACUACCACCCAAGAAAAAGAGGCUCCGACUAGCGGAAAUGGCUCAGUCUUCUGGUGAGUCCAGUUUUGAGUCUGUGAGAAGCCCAAGUCAGGAAAGUAGCAUCUCCCAUGGCUCUAGCCGUUCAACUUCCUUCGAGCGAGAGGAAGCUGGUUCCCAGGCCUCUGAAUCCCACACAAAACCUCUUGGUAUUGGGCCACAUAUGCUAAUGGUACCAAGCCACCAUCAACACCCCCACCAUUCCCGAGAAAUGCGGAGAUCUGCUUCUGAACAGUCGCCCAAUGUCUCUCACUCCUCCACUAUAUCCGAGACCCGCAGCAAAUCAUUUGACUAUGGAAGCCUGUCCUCCUCUUCUGCCUCUGCAUCCCGCACCCCAACAACAACAACAGCGACACUGGAGAGGCGGAAAUGUUUCCUGGUUCGACAGGCGUCUCUCACUAGGCAUCCAGAGCACGAACCAGACUCUGCUUCCAAAGGAGGGACAGAGACAGAGGACACCUUGCAACCUUCAAGCAAGUCUUCGGUUGCAGGUUUGCCUCUCCAGCACCCUUCUUUGUCUUCCUCUUCCUCUCAUGGAGGCUACACGAGUGAGAAGGGCCAGCCAAAAGACUGCUCUGAGGCCACUGAUCCCCAUUCCUACACCGAAGCUCUGCAAGUGUUCCAUCAUCCGUCCCCACAGUUCACCCUUCACGAAAAGCAAUAUGUGGGCCCCCAGAUCUCUCUCUUGCCAUUCCAGCACCUUUUGCCUCACUCAGGAGGACCGUCUGUAGAGCUCUUCUCCAGUCAGGUCAUGACGGACAUCUUCUCUGGCUCCUACUGCAUUCCACAGAUACCUCAUUCCAUAUUCCAGAACCCUCCCCUUCCUCUACAAGAAGCUUUGCUGCACCCAGGCCAGCUACACAUUACUCCUCCACUAAUGUCACACCCUGCCGAUGUGCAACUCCGGCAAAGCCCAUCCCUCAUCCCCGUACACUACCCAGGUUCCCCACCACUCCCUUCUGCCUUUUUUCUUCCCCUUCAGUCCCAGCUGGCUCUCCAGUUGCCAAGUGACAUUGGAGCCCAUUUACCCCAAAUCAAAUCCAGCUUAUCUCCGCCGAUCGGAAGGUCCAGUUUCUCCCCACCUGCAGACUACAGCUCUGAAAGCAGGCUGCAUAUUUUGACUCGCCCAGCUAGUCCCUCGGCAUCUGUCUGCAUAUCUCAGUUGGUUGUACCUGCUCGUUCUGAACCCGUAGUGUCCCUCGUGGUCCCCGUUCGCAUUCAGACCAACAUGCCAUCCUAUGGGAGCGCUAUGUACACAACCCUUUCUCAGAUCCUGGUCACCCAAUCCCACUGCAGCGCCUCUUCUAUCAUUCUGCCAAAAUUUGAUGAUUAUCAAACAAAGGGGACCUUGGUCUGCACUGCUAACGUUCAUGGCAUUGGUCUCGAUUUGGCGCAGAUGAUCACAGACGAGCAGAGGGCCUUGUUCCAGAAUCCCUACUUGAGACUGCCCUUGCCCCUGUCUGAAAGAAAAGGUUACAUUCCCCUCAGUUCCACAGCAGAAAGCAUCUUGGGUCUAGAGGUGAGCACAUCAACCGCAGGAGGAAGCAAACGGAUGCUGUCUCCGGCUGGGAGCUUGGAGCUUACCAUGGAAACGCAGCAGCAAAAAAGGGUGAAGGAGGAAGAAUUCUCUGAAUCAGAAGAGAAGCUGGAAGUAGUGAAGGCCCCAAGUGCAAUAGAGGAAGAGAAGAAAUGGGACCAAAGGAGAGCCAAGGGUGAAACGCCACCAAACAUGUCCCCUGAACCAUCAAAAUCGCAGGAAACCCAGAGGACUUUACGGGCAGUAUUGCCGCAGCCUGAGGCCCAAGAGGACUAUGACCACCAGGCUGGCAAACCAUUAGGAAACAAAGACUCUCCGCAGAUGGUGAAGAAGGAAGAUUCCAAAGAUCCAGUGGAACUGCCUGCAGCCAACCCGCCAAGCCCGGCUCUUCCCUCCGAGGCUGCUCGGAGUUCAAAGAAGUCUCCAGAUGGUACAGACGUUAAGAAGGUACUCCAGUUCCCUAGUCUCCAUACCACUACUAAUGUCAGUUGGUGCUAUCUAAAUUACAUUAAGCCAAAUCACAUCCAGCAAAUUGACCGGCGGUCCUCGGUGUAUGCCAGCUGGUGCGUUAGUUUGUAUAACCCCAACCUCCCAGGUAUACCCACGAAGGUGGCCCUCUCGCUCCUGUGCUCCAAGCAGAAAGCGAGCAAAGAAACGUACACCAUGGCUGCUGCUCCACGUCUGGAUUCAGGGAGGCUGGUACCCUCGAGCUCCAUGAAUGCCAAAAUGUCAGAGGUUCAUCUGCCUUCACUCCUUCCCAAUGAAGGUCGAAAAGACAUAGCAAGAACUGACAAAGAAGAGGAGAAAAAAGGGAAACCAGAAGACGACGUUCCUGCAUCCAAAAGAGGGGAACCCGCCAGGAUCAAGAUCUUUGAAGGAGGGUACAAAUCAAAUGAAGAGUAUGUGUAUGUGCGAGGCCGCGGACGAGGGAAGUAUGUAUGUGAGGAGUGUGGAAUUCGCUGCAAGAAACCCAGCAUGCUGAAGAAACACAUUCGCACGCACACAGACGUCAGGCCAUAUGUCUGCAAGUACUGUAACUUUGCUUUUAAAACCAAAGGGAAUCUGACUAAACACAUGAAGUCAAAAGCCCACAGCAAAAAAUGUCAGGAAAUGGGGGUGUUAGUGUCUUCACUGGUCGAGCUAGAAGCAGAAGAAGGAACCAGUGAAGACGUCUUUCAAGAUUCAGAAGGGCAUGAGGGAUCUGAGCCCCUUGAAGAGCACCAGUUUUCAGACUUGGAGGAGUCUGACGAUGAUGAGGAGGAGGAGGAAGAGGAGGAGGAAGAGGAGGAGGAGGAAAGCCAAGAGGAGCCAUCUGAAAAGCUCUCAGAAAAUAAGACUGCCUCCCUCUGCCCAGGACAGUCUCCUAGCAGUCCUUCUUCUACCCAAGAAAAAGGCACCAAGACAGCGUUGUCCGUAUCAGAAGAGUUCUCGAGCAGCAAGCAUGCUGAUCAAAGACAUCGGACCACCUCCUCAGGGUUAGAAAUUAAAUGGUUGGCAGACAGUAGCGAAGUUGCCGUCUGCCAUAGCUACUUGAGAUACCAUCGACCUGUUCUGACCACCAGUGAGCACUUAGCUUCUGCUGAGAAGGAAUUGGUCACGAGGUCACAGAUGUUUUUAGCAAUGGACUUGUCAAUCUCCAAAGAUGCCUCCCCUCGAAAGAAGUGGUCCCCAAGCAAGGACACGGGCAGUGCUGGCAGCAAUCGAUCCAUGUUAGCGCGAAAGCAUUUGUUAACCAAAAACGAAACUUCGCCUAAAAGGUUUUCGCCAACUGGAGAAAUGGCUCUGCUGAGGAGCCUCUCACCAGGAGUAGGGAUUUCCCCUUGUCACCGUAUGUCCCCAAGGAGGGAGACGUUUCCUCUGAGGAGUUUGUCCCCAAGGCUUGAGCUGUCACCAAGCAGGUACCUUUCGCCAAGAAGAGAGCUAUCGUCACAGACGUGCCCUCCACCAGAGAGAGGAAUCUCUCCUGUGAGGCGGGUGUCUCCAAGUAGGGAAGGGUCUUCAGGCAGAUUCUUAUCCAUGAAGAAGAUGUUCCCCCACAGCUAUUCGGAACCACCUUCACGCUACCCAUCCCCAGGAAGAGAAGAUUUGCCUUCUAGUAGUCACUCGGCACCAGAUGAAAACAUUCACAGUUUGGGUAAAAAUCAGCCUGGGGUAUCAUCUUCAAUGCCUCUACCUCACAAGUCGCUUGGCAAAAAUACAGAGCUGUGCGAAGAACCUAAAUGGUCAUUGCAGGGGACGGCAUCAAGGAGCCCGACAGGUUCACCAGGCACCGCUCAGCAUCUCUGCUUAAGACCUUGGCAAUCCCCUCAUGAAAUCCACAUCCGCCCUCCGAGCCGAGUGGAAGACUACGUCUUCAGCCAUCUCCCAUUGCAUUCCCAGCAGCUCCCAAGGAGUCCAUGUCCAAUGAUUCCAAUAGGGGGCAUCCAGAUGGUCCAAACAAGGCCCAGCAGCCACCCGACUUUGGGCCGUGGUUCCGUAAUGUCACUGCAUGCCAGCCAUUUUGCAGCUGGCGGCACCUUACCUGAAUUUGGCCCAGCAAAAGAAAAGAGCCAAGAGGCCCAGGAUCCACAAGAAAUGGCGUCCUCAUCAGCAACUCCACCGCUUCAAAGCAGCAGCUACUUGGAAGGGACGAUAAGGACUAGUAAGUUUCAGAGGAAGGUAGCCGAGGAGGAAUACAGGGUUAAAUCGUGCUCUGAACCCCGCGGCAGAGAGCAGGAAGGCCGUUCAGCUCCCAGCGAGAGUUCUGGCCCAAAGGGUGAGCACUCUCCAGGAUCUUUGACGAGUGGGGAAGAACCCUUGGUAAAGACAGGGGACGAAAGCCCAAGCUGCUCGAGCACUUCCUUGGAACCCACCCGCACUUUCAUCUCAGACUUUCCAGCCCAGACGCUGGACAGAAGCAGCAGCACUGGCUGUUUGGUGGAGUCCCCAUCUGGCCAGUCAGCCUCCAGCCAACUCUCUGUUAGGAGAAGGAACUUCUCAGGAGAGCCAGCCCCUCAAGUGGGGGCACAUCGGAGGAAUAGCCCACCCCUGGAACAAGCAGGCUUCGGCCUACUGCGGAGGGAAGUGGAUGACAAUACAGGAAGUACUUGAGCCCGCCUUCCAUCUUUUGUCACUGGUUUCCCAUGUAAAUUGACACACCUUGGUCAACGCUUAUUGGUAAAGGAAAGACUUUGAAGUGUGACCAAACUUGCAGACAAGUUGCUGGUUCUCUUUUGUUUCUGUCUGGUCUUAUUUCCAUAUGUACCUGUGCCUUUUUCUAUACCAUUCUGUUGCUUGAAAUAUACAGAUGCUGAGGGUAUGAUUUUUUUUUUAAAGAGAGUUUUGGAAAGAGGUUUAUUAGAGUGCAUCUCCUUCGCCAUUUAAAUAUCUCUUUGUGAGUUUGCAAAACGAGAAAGGGGUCGAGAAGCAUUUUGGAGAGAUGCACUGAAAAAAAAAACAUUUAGGGGAAAACCAAAACACCUCUUAAAAUAUACUGGUUCGAGUUAUUAGGCAAAAUGACCCUGUGGCCCUUGUACAGAGAGCAAUGACCCCUAUUUAUUAGGUGUUUUAUUUAAUGUGCCCAAGUGCUUAUAUUAUAAUUAUGAUUUGCAUUACUCUGGUUGCCUAUAAAUGUGCUUUAAGGACAGCUGUGAUAGCUUUAAUUUGGGGGUGGGGAAAGUGUUUACCCUUAAAGUUUAACUGAAACUAGCACUUAUUUUGUAGGGGGAGGCCCCAAGGGCCGUGAAUGGAUAUUCCCCUUCCCCCCCCCCCCCCCCCGAAAAAAGGAUCAAUGAUGUGCCUGCUUUGCACACAAUCCCCUCCAAUGCACUUUUUAAAAGAAGGGACACAUUAAAAAGGUGUCCCCCCCAAAAAAAGAAAA